CAAGUCUGGGAGGGUUUCCUGGACAGAAGUCCCUGUGGCCGCUGCCUUAAGACGUGCAGGCUGGGCCGCGGCCGCCACUGCUCUCCGACCCAGGCCAGUGCAGCAGCAUGGAGCUGUGGGGGGCCUACCUGCUCCUCUGCCUCUUCUCCCUCCUGACCCAGGUCACCACCGAGCCGCCAACCCCCAAGGUCAAGAAGGCUGCAAACGUCAGGAAAGAUGUCGUGAGCCCAAAGAUGUUUGAGGAGCUUAAGAGCCAGCUGGACAACCUGGCCCAGGAGGUGGCCCUGCUGAAGGAACAACAGGCCCUGCAGACAGUCUGCCUGAAGGGCACCAAGGUGCACAUGAAGUGCUUCCUGGCCUUCACCCAGGCGAAGACCUUCCACGAGGCGAGCGAGGACUGCAUCUCACGCGGGGGCACGCUGGGCACCCCGCAGACGGGCUCGGAGAACGACGCCCUCUACGAGUACCUGCGCCAGAGCGUGGGCGCCGAGGCCGAGAUCUGGCUGGGCCUCAACGACAUGGCGGCCGAGGGCACCUGGGUGGACAUGACCGGCGGCCACAUCGCCUACAAGAACUGGGAGACGGAGAUCACGGCGCAGCCCGACGGCGGUAAGGUCGAGAACUGCGCCGCCCUGUCCGGCGCGGCCAACGGCAAGUGGUUCGACAAGCGCUGCCGGGACAAGCUGCCCUACAUCUGCCAGUUCGCCAUCGUGUAGCCAACGGCGGGCGAGGGAGGGGGGGGUGCGGGGACCGGGGCGCCCAGCCCGGAUCCCCGGUCGGUGGUGCAAAUAAAGUCGGUGCCUCUGGA